AUGGCAGCUCAUCGAAAAUUCACUUUUGAAAAUCCAGAAGAUAGCUACUGGAAUGCCAGUGAUUUCGCCGACAUCCCAUUUGACAAUUCGUCGACUACCAAUGCGGCUGCUGCUCGAGCAGCUUUAGAUGAUUUAUUCGAAUGUAAGUUUCGUUUUGAUAGUGAUGAUGGAUGGUCCAAUGCUGAAAGUGACUCACCGUCGGCUGGAGAAAAUUCGAUCAAGCAAAAUUUAAGAAAUGGAAGUGUAAAUGUGUUGAAAACAGUCGCAGAAACUUCGGCACCCAGCCAUACUUUCAUUCAGGAUUAUCCAUUUGAUCGGAAGUUUCGUUCAAAAUCUUGCGCUGUUUUCUGGGAUUCUGUUGGUUCGUUCACUUCUGAUGGCAGUGCUGAAUCACUUUCGAGUAAUGCAACUGCACAGCUUGACUACUCGAGAUUGAAGAGUGAACACAGGAAAUUGCAAAAACAUUUGGAGCAGGUAAGAUUAGAACGUUAUCGUGCAGCUGAUCCUGAACUUACAGUACGAAGAUUGUUACGAAAUGAUUCGGUUUCGUUAGACUUGUAUCGAAGUAAGAGAGAAAAGCUGGAUCUUUUGAACGUUGCUUUGGAAUCCUGUGAUGGGAAUGUCAUCAUUGCUGUCGUAUUAGCCUUGGAAAGAUCUCUUGAAACGUCGACAUUUUUGGACAUUCUAAAGCAAAAGUCAGUUGCUGCCCAUCAUUACGUGGCUUAUUUGAAAGAUUCAAAAAAUUUUGAUCAACUUGCUUCAACAUUAUUAGCUUUGAAUCGUAUAGAAGAAGUUGCACUUGUAUUGUAUUCAGUAGCCUGCAGGAAAAAACCAAGUGAACGAGUCGUGUAUUUAAAAAAAUGUUUGAAUUCAUGCAUUGCUUUUCCGUCAUUGGAAGCUUUUUCAAAAUCUGUGAAUGAAUAUAUCGAUCUUCUGGAACGACAAAUUAUAAUUGAAGACGCUGAUGAAGUACUUAAAGAAGGAAAAAACAAAAUCUUCCAGCAGUGCCGCAAAACAGUUACUUUAAUUGGGCGACCAGUUUUGACAACAUUGUAUUAUUCUUGUCUGUAUCAUUUCGAUCUUCCUGUGAAUGCUUAUGCUAGCCCAUUAUCCAUAAAAGAAUUCUUCAAUAUGACUGAAAAGCAGUAUGCAUGGAUGGCAAUAUCGGCUUUAACUCGCUUAAAAAGAUGGAAUGACAUCGAAAGAGUAUUGAUGAGCAAAAAAUUAUUAGGUGGUGUCAAAAUUCACUGUCCUUUUGCUUGGCAUCAUUUAUUUACUAUAAUUUCAAGUGAUGAGCAGCCACCAAAAGAAAUCUUAUGUAAGCUUUUGCGUGCCAUUCCGGAUGUGAACGAACGUCAGUGCCUUGCAAACCAAUUUCCACAUGCAUCUGAAGUAACAAUCGAAUGUUUAGUGGCGCAAAAGGAUCGAGUUGCACUGAGUGCCUUUUUAGCCAAAUUA